GAUUCGAGCUCCAGUUCCCUCCCUCAAAUCCCUCUGCGAAAUUGCCGAAUUGAAGUCGGCCGAUCCUCCGCCCGCCCGCUAGCUGCCCGCGACCACGCGGCAUGAAUCCGGCCGCGCCUCCCGCCUCCUCGAGUUCGCCGGCGGCUCUCCGCGGCCGUCUCCUCCAGUUAUCGGAUUCGAUCCUGUCGUCCCUGUCGGAGGCACGCGAGGCGCCCCCGGAGCACUCGAGCGUCUCCGUCAAGUCCAUGCUCGAGUCUCUUCUCCAGCGCGAGGCCGCCGCGGCUCGAAGCCCUAGCGUCGGUGAGCGCGAGCUCCGCGCUUCGGUCAGGGACCUCGCUCUGGCCUGCGCGCUUCUGGUCGCCGCGCGGUGCUCGAAGCACGAUUUGCUCUCGUGGAUAACGCGAGACCUCUCGGCGCUCGCGGGUUCGGCAUUCGGCGACCUCGCGGAAGCUUGUGCUGGUUAUUUCGGAGAGGACGGUGCGAGGAGAGCUGGUGAGAUGGGGAUUGAUUAUGGCUCCGGAGUUUCGGCGGAGACGAGGUUGGUGAUCGAGUUGAUGCCUGAGGUGUUGCCUUUGUUGAAGGAAAGGAUUAAGGAGAGCUCGAUCGAUGAGUCCGACGAAGCCUUUGCUGCGUCGGCGAAGGUCCCUGUUGGUUAUGCCAUUGUGGCUGCUCAUCAGCUUAGAUGGUUUGUUACUCAGGUUGAUCAUCCUUAUAUGGGAAAGCUGUGUAAUUUGGUGAUUCCUUGUGCUCUAACCGCACUCGAUCACUGGUCACCUAUUGUCAAAGGUCAGGGCAUGAUUAGCUUCACACAUCUUGCGAAAAAUGUGAAUACUGCUGAGCUUGGUUGGUACAAAGAUCCAAUUCUCGAUGCAUGCUGCCAAAACAUUGCUUCUGAUGAUGAUAUUUGGCACCCUGCGGUUGAGAUGUCGGUUCUUCUAGUGACCAGUACUCAACGAGACAACCCUCGAAGCCCUUGGUUUGAGAGAUUACUGAAUGAGAUGUUAAGUCAUUUGGAGCGCCAACCAAGGAAUAAGGAGCGUCGCAUAGCCUGGCAGUUGAUUGAGCCACUCCUCAAUGUUGUUGGUCUUGUGUUAUUAGCUCAUUUUAGACGCCUUUUUCCUCUACUCUUUCAGUGGAUGCAUGCUGAUGACGAUGAGACUGUUCUACUGGUUCUUCAGAGGGCUCAUACAAUUAUGAGGCUAACGUGGAUAAGGAACACGCCAUUUGUUGAAAGAUUAGUGGAUGAACUUCUUGUAUUAUACAAGGAGGCGGCAUUGAGAAGAAAGCGAGAAGAAAUAAGGACACACAUUCUACAGAUACUGCUCUUGCUUCAACAAUGCAAGGACAUGCAGUUUGAAGCAGCCUGGGACAAGCACAGGAAUGAUCCAAACUUGGCAAAGCUUGGCUCAUCUCUGAGCGGAACACAGCAACGUGUGGUUGACUCUGGCUCUACUACUGCUGUGUCUGAGUAGCAAAUCAACAGAGCUUUCAACAUGUUAUUUUUUGCAAGGUAAUGCAAUGAUUAAGUCAAUGAGAAGUUUUGAGUUCAGAUCCGUGAUAACCAAUGCAAUCAGAUGAGUAAGGUAUCAAUGGAUCUCCUUCAGAUACAUCUGCAGCCACAGCUGCGUUUUGAGCUGAUGGUGCUAGAUGUCACCCACGAUUGGCCACAAAUACAUAUCAGAUUACGUGGCCUAGUAUGCUCAUGAUGCCAAUCACUGUUUAUGUGUAAAUCGCUAGUUCUCACAUGUUCAUAUGUGCACUUGCAUUGUUCUUGGACAAGGUGGUCUUACACAAGAACCAAUUCCGAUGCUCAAGUUGCCAAUGUUGCGUUUCAGUACUAUAUAUAUAUAUAUUGGUUUUCACCAGUCAAUAUGGAAUCUUCUUUUUUAAGUAGUUAGCUCCAGAAAAACUGAUUCAAGACGAGAAUACCUGGCUUUACAAGCCUUUCUCUUUGGGUGUCAACAGGAUGUCUAGGCUCUUUAAGCACCCAACUAAUCUCGAUCUGGUGUGACAAUCUUCCCAAAGUUUAUGGCAAUUUUGGAAUAGCAGAGAAAAUUAGUAGUGGAGUUUGAUGCA